AACAUUGAAGAAAGCAAGCGAAACGACUUUCUCAUAUCUAAACUACUUUCUCAUCUUUCCUUUUUAAAAUGACAGAAGGCAGCUCUAGCAGUGUUUAUUAUGGGAUAUUCACCGUGGCCAACAUGACGUUUAUACUUCCUGAAAAAUCAGUGCUACAGCCUGUAUGGGACCACCUCCUCGAUAACUACCAAUGCACCUUGAGGUCACCUCUUUUCCCUGUUCUACUGUCUGUGUCCACAUACAUUUUCCUGGUAGCAGUCUUCACAGUGUUGGACAUCUUAGCUACCAACUGUCCCAGAAUCAACAGGUAUAAGAUCCACCCGGCAAAUUCCAUCACCUGGAGGGAUAUCAGCAGGACGUUGGGCCUUACCACGUACAACCAUCUGAUCUACAUCUUCCCAGCAGCAGUGGGACAGUGGCUCUGGAGGCCCCCGAUUCCACUCCCCAAAGAAGCGCCCAGUCUCUCAGAGUUCCUGUUGGGUAUCUUGGGUUGUACAAUCCUUUUUGAUUUCCAGUACUACCUAUGGCACCUCCUGCAUCACAAGAUUGUCUGGCUGUACCGGACUUUCCAUGCCAUUCAUCACCAAUAUAACGAGCCCUUCAGUCUGGUCACCCAGUACCUGUCUGCCUGGGAGCUCAUCACUGUAGGCUUCUGGACCACAGUGGACCCUAUACUCCUGCAAUGCCACUGUCUGACUGCAUGGGGCUUCAUGCUCUUCAACAUCUGGAUCUCCACUGAUGACCACUGCGGCUAUGACUUCCCCUGGUCCCUCCAUAACCUGGUCCCCUUUGGCCUGUGGGGAGGGUCGGUAAAGCACGAUGCCCACCAUCAGAAGCCAAACACUAACUUUGCCCCCUUCUUCUCCCACUGGGAUUGGUUAGGAGGGACCACAUCGUCCGUUGUUCACUCAUAUUCUUAAAAAGAAACUUCCCAAGAAUAUGUGCUAACUUGGCUCAUACAGUAUGUUUUUUUUUUUAGUUAAGAUUUCCUGAAGAAUAAAGUGCCUUCUAGAAUUACGGAAUGUAUUUUCAUUGUCUAGCGCAGUGGUCCUCACUCCUAGUCCUGGAGAGCCGCAGGGUGUGCUGUUUUUUGUUUACGCCUUAAUAUCAGCAACCAAUUCAGACUCAAGAAACCAGGUGAGGUGAGUUAAUUGAUCAAUUAAAGCAGUUAAUUGCUCGGUAAGUUAAGUGCUCGGUAACAACAAAAGCCAGCGCACGCUGCAGCUAUCCAGGACCAGGAGUCGGGACCACUGGUGUAAUGGAAUCUGCUCUUUGUUCCUUUAUAGCAGUGGGUCCCAACGUCGAUCCUGGGCCCCCCUGUGUAUGCUGGUUUUUGUUUCAACCACAAUUGCAAUUCCAGUAUUUUAACAAUCUGUUAUUUUUAAAAAAAUUACUCCUUUGAUGUUAAGAGCGAUUAUUUACUCUCUUAAACUACAUUGUACUAUAAAUAGUUUUGCAUGCAGCAAUACAUUUUCAUGUAUUGAGCGUUCUGUGAUAUAUGUCAAGGGGAAAUAAUCCUUCUAAAAAUGAGAAACUCAUUACUGUAAGACAAAUUUACAUAUGUAAAAAAUAUGGGACUGCAAAGGUGGCUGGAUCAUCAGCUUUGUUCAAUUAAUGUCAGUAAUCAUCUAUUUGGGCAUUUAUAGUACAGACUAUUUACCGACCAACAUGUAAAAUAAGGUGGAAGGAAAUCUCAACCCAGUUUGAAACUGAAUUUAUUAAUGGGAUACUCCAAUGAAAUGUCUACAUUUCUCAUAUUUUAAUGUAUAAUUUUUCCACAAAAGCUACAGUUACAGAAUGUGAAUCUACUUUUAUUUAGAUUUGAUUUAAAAUGGGUUAAAAUGGGAAAUUAUUGAUUAAUAUACUUUAAGCCACAAAACAAUUUACUAAAAUUAAAAUGCAGGGAAUCAGAAGUAGUGUUGGACAACAAAAAACACAGGAAACAGUCAUGUGACAGUUAGGGCAGUUAUGCAUUUUAUAUGAGAAAAAUCAAAAAGCUUCAGCUGGUCUUUGGCCACUGUGGUUCCAAAUGGAUAUUUGUACCCUGUUGCGGUAUUUCAUGCCAAUACUGAUCAAUCAUUUGUCCUCUUUAUGCCAAGCACACUAACAGAGAAACAAUAAUUUUCUGCUCCCUCCCACAAUAAAGGCUUCUUUGUCAUCCUUAUAUGUGGAAAUAAAACUAUUCAA